AUGCAAACUCUCAACUGCCUGCAUCACCAUCUUCACCUUCCCUUCAAUGUCCCUCCAAAACCUCUCAAAUUCACCCUCAUUUCAUCCCUCUUCUCCUCCUCCUCUCUCAGAAAACCUCCAAAACCCACCAACUCUUUUCUCCACGAUUACCUCGUUCAAUCCUUCAACCUCCCCCCUCAAAAAGCCCUCUCCAUCUCCUCCAAGUACUACUAUAUUAAAAGCCUCCAAAAACCCCUCUCCGUUCUCCAGUUCCUCCGCUCUCUCGGCCUCUCCGAACCCCACAUCCUCUCCUGCGUCCGCGUGACUCCCAACAUCCUCUUUUACGACGUGCCCAAGACGCUGAAGCCGAAAAUCGAGUUCUUUCGGCAACUGGGUCUGGUGGAUUCUCAACAUCUGGGUAAGUUUCUUUCAUCAAAUUCCAAGCUUUUGACUGUUAGUUUAGAGAGAAAGUUGAUUCCUUGCAUUGAAAUUCUCAAGAAAAUCUUGGUUAAUGAUGGGAAUAAUGAAGAUUUAAUUAGGGUUUUGAGGAGGUGUAAUUGGGUUGCUGCAAUGGACCCCAGUUGGAGAUUGUUGAAUAAUGUCUCAUUCUUUGAGAAUUGUGGCAUUGUUGGUUCUCAAUUGUCCAUGUUGUUGAAGAGGCAACCUAGAUUGUUUGCAAUGCAAGAAACUAAGGUUAGAGGGCUUGUGAAAAAGGUUUUGGAUAUGGGGUUUUCAGUCGAUUCUAGGAUGUUGGUUCACGGGGUUCAUACAAUUAGUUGUAUGGCUGAGGAGACUUUCGAGAGAAAGUUGAAGCAUUUUAGGGGUUUUGGGUAUUCAGAUAGGGAAUGUAUGGAGAUUUUUAGGAAGGCGCCAGCGUUGUUUAGGGGGUCUGAGGAGAAGUUGAUGUUAAGACUUGAGUUCUUUUUGAAUGAGGUUGGGUUUGAGAAGGAAGUGUUGGUUUGUCAACCAGCAUGUUUGAUGUAUAGUAUGGUGGAUCGAGUUGUUCCCCGGCAUAGAGUUCUACAAAUUGUGAAUUCGAAGAGGUUGGUGAAGAAGGACCCUAGUUUUCUCUCUGUGUUGAGAUAUUCUGAGCAGGAAUUUGUGGAGAAAUUUGUGGCGAGUUUUCCGGAUAGCGCUGAGGAAUUGCUUGUAGCUUACAAGGGUCAUGUGUUGGAUUCUUCUUCUUCAGCCUCAUCUGAAGAAAAAGAUAAUUCAGAGCAAAAAGAGUCUUGA